AUGGCUUUGACAAAGGUUUUCUUUUCCGAUCUCAAGACUGGGCAGUGCUCAUCCGUUGUGGAGGCGAGACUGCUUCGAUUUUGGGAGGCUAUGAACGUUAAGCGUGGUGGUGAGCUGAUGUGGAUGGAUCUGCUCAUGGUCGAUGUCAACUCAACCAUGAUGCAAGUCACGAUCAGUGCUGGCCGUCUUCCACAGUUUCGGGAUAGGUUCCUUGCCGGAACAAUGUUUUCGUUGUCAAAGGAAGCAUUCCGGUUCCGUAACCAACAGGAGCUAAUUGGUCUUGCCAAUACAAACACUCAGCUACCAGAGUUAGGAUCAGACUGGUAUUAUAAAGAAAAUGAUACCGGCUUCGAACUUGAUGUAGACAUCAUAUGUGAGAUAUUGAGUGUGAAGAGCACGGUUUGUGAUCCUCCAGAGGAGAAGAAUCGUGUUAUGGUGACUCUGAAGCUGGAAAGUGAUGAGACCGUCACUUUAAGCUUCUUUGACUCUCAGGCGGUUACUUUCCAUAACCAGCUUGAGGCUAUGAGUGUUGAUCCGAAGGUCAUGGUCGUAACUAGCAUCAAUCCCAAGAUAGUCGGAGGUCGUCUGUUUCUUAACGCUACGUGUGGAACGCACGUGUAUUUUGAUAAGAAGACUAUAGCAGGAGCUGCUCAAUUCUACAGGCUGGUCGCCAGAGAUACUGCUCUGCCGUCGGCCGCUCCACUGCUAAAGUCAUAUGCGAAGGUGGAGACUAUGACCAUCGCUGACCUCAGCAGUUUCAUCGUUUCUGCUGCAUCUCAGGAGAUUGAUUUUCUGUGCACUGGGAAAGUUGUCCGGAUUGACACAGAUAAGGGGUGGUGUUAUGUUGCCUGCUCAAAAUGCAGUAAAAAAUUACAGCGGACUGAGUCUGCAUUCACGUGUGGAGUAUGCAACAAUCCACAUGCUGUUGGGGCCCUACGCUAUCGUGUGGAGAUGGCAAUAUCUGAUGAUACCGCGGAAGGAGUAUUCGUAUGGUUCGAUGGUGCUGAAGACGGUGUGAACCCUGAGGACACUAGGUUACCCCCGUUCAUUGUAGAUAUGGAAGGAAAAACGUACACUUUCCAAGUGAGGAUCACUGCGUUUAACUUUACCGAGCAUCACAAGACAUUCGCCAUAACACGUAUUGCUGAGGAUCAUGGUCGUCUACCAGUAGAUGACGUCGUGAACAAUGGAGAUGAUGACGACGACGAUGAUGAUGAUGCCAGUCCGACCAUCGAGCCAUCGUCUGCUGCAGGUGAUCAAGGUGGAACCAGUAAGGCGCGUAAAAAGACUGGCGCAGGGGCGUCAAAAGUGGCGAAGAAGGCACGUGCUGUUUGA